CUAUCGCUCGCUCCAGUUCGAUACCAGGGGAGGGCGCGAUGUGGCGGGCUGUCUCUAGCGUGGGUAUCUCACAUAGAGAAUUAACUAACAAUACUUCAAAGUAAAGUAUAACAAUACUAUAACAGGUUUGAUGUUGGAGAGUGAGCGAAAAGUAUUCGAGAAGAUGGACGGGAAAAGUCCGAUGUCCAAGUACUGGAUGCCGCUGGUGUGGGCGACUAACAUAAUAAACCGAGCGAGGAAAGAGGGUCUCAUAGCGAGUGAUCACAUCGUGCAGACGCUCCUGGUGGAGUUGUCAGACAUCAGACGCCGGCUGGGCGCGCUCAUCGGCUACGACACUGUCUGCGUGCCACUAGUGUACACACAGGUGGUAACGCUCGCUCUGUACACGUACUUCGUGGCGGCGCUCAUGGGUCGGCAGCUGGUGCCCGCAGCCCCCGGCAGCACCUCAAAGUACGAGCCUGACGUCUACUUUCCACUCUUCACCGCGUUACAGUUCUGUUUCUACGUGGGUUGGUUGAAGGUGGCCGAGGUGCUAAUUAACCCGUUCGGAGAGGACGACGACGACAUCGAGCUCAACUGGCUCAUAGACAGGCACAUCAAGGUUUGUAUUCUUUUAGUUUAUCUUCAUUAGAUUUGCCUAUUAAUGAAUUAUUGUCCCCACUGCAGAAUCACUAUUGAUUCAUCACGGUUUGCAUCGAAUAGGGGUAAGGGGCUAUAACCCACCACGGCUCCAACGCGAAUUGACGUUCAUGCUUAAUUAUAAAACGAGGACUAAUUUUAGUACCAGGUUCAAAUCGUUAUCCAACCGAGAUGAGUCUACACGUAUCUAUCUAACGUUUUCUCUUCUGUCAUUCUUAAUUCAGUUUAGGCCAAUUUUUU